AUGUCUUCGUGCGAGGUUCUCACAAGCGACGAAGCCUUGGCUUUGCCAAAGAAGCCAGAUAAGUUGGUGGUCAUCGGCGGUGGCUACAUUGCUGUAGAGUUUGCCGGCUACUUCCAUGGCUACGGCACUGAAGUACACUUGGUGUUCCGACAGGACUUGCCGCUGCGAGGUUUCGACGAGGACAUCCGGGAGCACCUGCUUGAGUUGACCAAGGCCAAGGGGAUCCAUGUCCACUCAGGUGAGAACCCCCUGUCCAUCGAGGCUGGCAGCUAUCUUUUAGACGGUGGCGCGGAACGCCGGGCGUUUUUCUGGAGGCGCCUCCUAAAGACAGACAGCGGCGGCGUCCAAGAUCUGGCGAAGCCACGGGCGGUGCCUCCCGCAUUCACCUCACCGAGAAAUUCCGAGAACGCCCACGCCGGCAUCCUGGCCACGAGGUUUUAUCAUUCUGAUCCACGGGAGGACCAGUGCUACCGGAACCUGUAUGCCUCUGAGCGUAUGCUAAUUGUCCGAUGGAAAACCAGCGGCAACAUCGUGGUCUGCCUUGAUGCGGAGCAGUACCAUGCUCUGGUGCUGCGCGGGGGCAGCAAUGUACGAACCCUCAAACGCCACCUAUGCAGCGUGACCGGAUGCCCUCGCUUCAGGCAACGCCUUUUUGACGAGGCCAGUGGCGCACAGCUCCAUGAGCUGCCAGACAGCUGUACCUUCGGCUUUCCUGCGGUUCUUUCCUUUUUGGUCAAGGGCUUUGUCCAAAGCGACAAAGAACGCUAUGAUGAACUUCUUCAUGCAGCAGAGGGCCACCGCCACCGUGACUUAGAGAGAUUACUGCAACAGCCACAAAGUCCAGACCUCGUGGAUGACACUUGGCUGUGGUCAGCUCUACAUGGUGCAUGCUACUGGAACAGCUUGGAGUGUAUCCGGCUACUGCUUGAAGCCCGGGCUUAUAUAAAUGCAGUCUCCAUCUACUCCCCUGAGUUGUUUGACUCGGGAGCCACACCCCUUGUCAUAGCUGCCCACAGAGGCCACAACAGAGCUGUGGCGCUUUUGAUUAGCGCUGAAGCCGAUCUGAACUUAGCUACGGCGAACGGUUGGACGGCUAUGUUGAUCGCUGCCAGUGAUGCAGAUCGUGACAUCAUGCAGCAGCUGCUCCUGGCCAGAGCUGAUGUGGACAAACCCACUGCUCAGGGAACAUCGCCGCUACUUGCCGCUUCGCAACAUGGCCACAUGGGCGUCGUGCAGAUGAUGCUGCAGGCGAAGGCAGAUCCGGAUCGAGCAGCUCAGGAGGGAUCCACACCAGUGCACGUGGCAUCCCACAUGGGCCACCGUAAAACGGUUCAGCUCUUGGCGCAGGCGCGUGCGGAUUUGAAUAAGGUUGACACUGACGGUGCCACCGCUUUGUUCUUGGCCGCGCGCGAGGGCCACGUCCGCAUUGUACAGUUGCUUAUCGAAUCCGGUGCAGAGAUGAACAUAGCCAACGCAAAGUGCCACACUCCUCUUUACGCGGCUUCAGAGUUGGGACAGACAGAUGUCGUACAGUGCUUGAUCGAGGCAGCAGCAGACCUCAACAAGGCUUCGGUCGACUCUGGGACGCCCUUGAGUGUAGCUUGCCUAUUCUUGUCUCUUCCCCAUAGCAGUAUUCAGAAGAAGUUGCUCCGAGCACGGGCCGAUGCGAACGGAGCCGAUGGGCUGGGCGUCUGCGCUUUGCACGCUGCAGCGGCUCAUGGGCAUUGCGAGGCCGCGAGUUUCCUACUUCAAGCCAGGGCUGAGCUGGACCGGCCGACUGCCAACGGGACAACUCCUUUGCUAGCUGCCGCGUCCGCGCCCUUGCACAGCAACGGAGGGGAUGUGACAGAUUUGCUGAUCCAGGCGCGGGCCGAUUUCAACCUGCCCAGCCCUAGUGGUGAGACACCCAUCUUUGUAGCCUCGAGCCAGGGCAAUGAGAGGGUUGUGAAUUUCCUGUUGCUGGCGAGAGCUGAUAUCGAGAAGAGUGGGGACGGAAAGCUAACACCGAUCUUCAUUGCAGUGCAUUUCGGGCACACCAAGAUUGUCCAGAUGCUGCUCCACGCCAAGGCAAAGCUCGACAUCAGACGAGAGAAGCUCACACCACUGAUGUUCGCUUCGCUGAGGGGCCACUGUGACGUUGCGAAGCAGCUCAUUGAUGCCAGUGCCAACCUUGAGCAAAGCGGUGAUGGCGGAGAAACAGCACUGUCUUUGGCCGCACGAAAAGGUCACCACCCAGUCGUCCAGCAACUCAUCGCGCGACGGGCGCAGCUUGACAAAGAGGCUGAGAACGCCGCCACAGCCCUCUCAAUCGCUGCUUGCAGGGGAGAUCACAAGAUUGUACAGGAGCUGCUGCAGGCCCAAGCGCUCGUCAACAAAACCAACGGCAAUGGCGCGACGGCAGUCUUUUUUGCAGCCCAAGAAGGCCAUUUAAGAGUUGUGCAGCUGCUAAUUCAGGCCCGAGCCACCUUGGACCAGGUGGCUGAGAAUGGUGCAACGGCCUUGUCAAUCGCCGCCUGUAAGGGCCAUCUGAAAAUUGUGCAUCAGUUGAUUCAGGCCGGAGCCAGAGUUGAAAAGCAUGUCUGCCUCGCCUUCCUCUCUCCUGGCUUGAAAGGGCUCGCGAAGGCGCAGUGA